AGCCUUCAGCUUCCCAAGUCUUCCAAGACGCUUUGUGGCCAACUAGGGAUGGUGACCGCGAAGUGGGGAGUCGAGGAAGUUUCCAACUGGUUGGCGGAAGUUGGGUUUCCCCAGCUGGUCGAUGGCUUCCGUGAACAAGGGGUGGAUGGAGAGGUUCUUCUUGGGUUGACGACUGAAGACCUGAAAGAGGAGUUCCAAAUGAAGCUGGGUGAGCGGAAGAAACUCAUUGACCGCAUUGAGAACUUGAAGGAGAAGGCAGAGAAGGACUUGUCCGCAAGCUCCACUGCGACGGAUAGUCAAUUGAGUCUACCUUCCCCACCCAGUGAACCGAGCAGGUGUGGGACUCCGGAGCUUGAGAAACUCUACUUGCUGGACGGCCGCAACAUCGCUUGCCAAGGAGGUGAAAGCCCUGACAGACCGAAUUUGAAGAAGUUGAGCACGGCUAUGAAGUGGCAUAUUGAACAUCGGCCAGACUGGAAAGUGGAGACGUUUGUUUACCAGGCACUUAUGGAGAAGUGGCAAAAGGACCACGCGGAAGACAUGAAGGAUCUUGCUCAGUGUCUGACUGUGACUCCAAGGCGGGAGGACGUGGACAAGUUCAUCAUCCGCAAAGCUGUGGAUGCUGCCAAGAGCGGAUGUCUCGUGAAGAUUGUCUCCAACGACAAUUUUCGGGAGUACAUUGGCACGGUCAAUGAUUUUCACUUCUCAGAAGAUUGGGUGCGGGAACAUGUCAUCAAGUUUUGCUUCUCUGCGGGUUCUCAAGAGUUCAUACCAGCUGAUGGCUUUGGUACGGAGUUACCCUGUGAGCUUCAAACUGCAGAGCCAGAACCGUCUGUUCCAGAGAGGAACGUGGUCAUCGACAAGGUUUGUCCACCUGGUUUACCAACGCUAUUGACUGGCAGGGGUGCGAAGUUCCCAUCUCCACUGCGCAUUGCGCCAGGAGUUGAAGAGGUGCGAUGCCCGCACAAGCGAUGUCCUUUGCGACUGGAAGUGGCCCAGCGUUCUUCCAACGGUGCUUAUGCCAUUCGUAUCACCGGGCUGGAGUCACCUGCCUCUCGCGCAAAGCAACCAAUUCUCAACGUCCAUCCCAACAGAAGGGUCACCAAAACCUGGUGCCCGACCUGUGCGAAACCACUUGAAGUCCGAAAUGAAGCGGCGGAGCCACAGAUGAAACGUCCAAGGGGAAAAGGGUAUGCUUUUGUGGCAGUUCUCUUCGGGCCCGAUCAAGAUAUGCUACAACGGUUUGUGUUGGGAGCUCUGGUCUUGGGGCAUUCUUUGAAAGUGAGUUCAACCAGUUUUGACAUGGUACUCCUACACACUGCCGAUGUCAUGGAUGUACCUGGUGCUGGGUUGCUUGAAGUCUUUUGGAAGACACGAGAGGUGAGCUAUGUGGAAGCAAAUCCGAAGCUGAUUUGCCAAAGCGAGAACCGCUUCCAGCACGUCUUCACCAAGUUGCAAUGUUUUGGCUGCGAUGACUACGAGAAAGUGGUUUUGUUGGACAUCGACCUCCUUGUACGUGACAACAUUGAUGAGUUGAGUUCUUGCCAGCCACCGUGUGCUCUGCGGAGGGGGCACAAGGCUUUGCCCUCACAUGUGGAUGUCUCCUUGUCUUGCUACAACACUGAGGGUCGACAAAAGUUCGGCAUGAAUUUAGGAGUAGCGGUACUGAAGCCCAGCAAGGAAGAAUUGGAGAAGAUUCUGACCUCAGUGAAGAGCCGAGACCCAAUGCAUGAGGUGUGCAGCGGGCCGGAGCAAGAUUUCUUGAGUCGUUGGUUCAAGAAUUGGACAUCAAUGAAUGUGAAGUACAACUACCAACUCCAUCAGUUGGCACUAUCCUGCGAGCACGAGGGCCCUCAAGCCAUGCGUCUUCAGCUGAAAUUGGAGAACGUGAAAGUUUUGCAUUACAGUGGUCGGGUGAAGCCUUGGGACUUCUACUUUGAUGUGAGGGCAAAGUCUUCGGAGAGUUUCUCAGCAUUUUGCGAAGAGAGAUUGUUGCCGGCUUACAAUGCAAAAGGCAAAGAGUUUGAAGACACGGUCAGAAAUGCGGCGCACGAAUGGAAACAGCAAUGCAAGGAUAUGUGGCAGUAUGCGCUUGCCCAAACAAGCUGUGACAAAUGCAAGCUUUGUGGAGAAUCUCUGUUGAAGGAGAUGCAGCUUGAGCAUUGCUUCGUGCAAUGCCCGGGGAUUAGUCAUCUUCGACCAGAGGCUUUGACACUGGAAGAUAUUCAGCAUCCAGAACCUCAGGAAUUCCGAAGAGUCUUGGCAUUUGUGGCCAGUGUUCUUGAGCGCCACCGCUGGCAGGCUGACGAUACGUUUGAAGGAACCCGGGAGAGUUCAGACCAGGGAGACAAAGAGGACACGAAGCAUGGAAACCAUCAAGCUGAAGCUCCGAUAUCUGCACCGAUAUCUACAGCUUCAAGCCAAAGCGAAAGCAAGACUCUUCAUCUCGUAUUGCACCCCCAGCCCAAAAGAUCCUACGAGGAUUCUCCAUUGGGUCGCCUUCGGGAAAAGAUCCUACAAGAAGUGGCUGACAACCGAGUCACUAUCAUUGUGGCGCCAACUGGAUGUGGCAAAAGCACUGGAAUUCCUCAAAUGAUUCUUGACGAAGACCCCUCAGAGCGAUACAUCUUGGUAACGCAGCCCCGCCGUGUUGCGGCCACAAGCCUUGCGCGUCGAGUGGCUGCAGAUCGAGGAGUAAAUCUUGGAACCGAAGUGGGUUACAAGAUUGGAGGUUGCAGUGAGGUGAGUCGAUCUGGCCGCACGCGGUUGAUCUUCGCCACAACGGCCAUUGCAAUGAUCCAAUGUCUACAAGAUUGCUCCUCCUUCACACAUUUGAUCAUUGAUGAGGUGCAUAUCAGAGAUGCACACAUCGAUUUUCUGCUCAGCUUAGUGGUCACGCGGGUGCUUUUGCGCAACAAGAAGGUCAAAAUCAUCUUGAUGUCGGCCGCUAUGGACAGUGUGAAGAUUGCCCGAUACUUCUCCCACGCUCUUGGAGGCACUAUUCCAAAACCCUUGGACUUAGAGGCUUGCCGACAGUACAAGCUUUCAAUCAAAUAUCUCGAGGACGUCCCCUUUUUCAAUCAGAAAGGAAUCCACAGGCGUGGGCUAGAUGGCGCUUGGGAUGUCCUUGGGCUUCCAGCAGAUUGGUCACAGGAAGACGUUGCUGAUUUGUAUGCAGAGUUCAUUCGCUCUUGCCAUCAAGAGCGGGCUGCGCGAAGGGACUUUGCUUCUUUCCUGGUGUUUUUGCCGGGCAAGAGAGAGCUGCAGCUCUUGUGGGAGAGGUUGGAUGACGUGACAGAUCUCCAGGUGAAAUGCAUUUUCGGUGGGCAAACCAUUGAAGAGCAGGAGAGAGUCCUGUCAGAAUCGCAUCAACGUGAAAGGAGCGUAAUUCUGGGGACCGAUGUCAUCGAAUCCAGCGUCACCAUUCCGGACGUUGAUUUGGUGAUUGACACCUGCGAGCAAAAGCGCCUCCGCUGGGAUGGAGGGAAGAACCAAAGUUUGCUUACGUUGGUUUUGGUGAGCAAAGAUGAGGCCAAGCAACGCUCAGGAAGAACUGGGCGAGUGCGAGACGGUGAAGUCAUCCGCCUUGUCAGCAAAGGGUGCUUUGAUAGGUUGCAGCCUCAUGCCGAACCCCAAAUCAAGCACAGCAGGCUAGAAGACCUGCUUCUGUCCCUGUUUGAGUUGCCCAACCUGGGUGAUCCACGUCAGUUUCUGGAGAAGAUGCCGGAUGCGCCGGACAAAGCUCGUGUGGACCAAGCCAUCAUCAGGCUGUUGGAGCUAAAUGCUCUGGCCAAGCAGGGUAACGCCCAACCAAAACCCACAUUCUUUGGACGGUUCUUACAGAAAAUGCCUUUGGAUCCUGACGUCGGCUUUCUUGUGAUGAGCGGGGUUAGGCUGCAAAUUGUUCAGGAAUGUGCUAUUUUGGCCGCAGUUCACCAACGAGGGGACCCCUUCCUGGACAGCAUGAAUCUGAGCCCCGAGGAAGUGAACGGUCUGUGGGAGGUGCGUGAUGCCUGCAGCCCUGGGCGCGCAAAAGGUCGAGAUCGUCCACUGCCUGGCGACUUGAUGGCAGGACUGGGAGCUUACAAAGCCUGGCAAGCUCAAGUGAAGAACCAGACAAGAGGAGGUUGGACCUGGGACAUCAAGGAUGAAGCUGUUUGGUGCGCUCAGCAUUUCCUGAGCUUGGAGAGAUUGCACGAGCUUGAAGAAAUGGUGGUGCAGAUCCGUGAUGUUUUGGAAGAACUGGGCUAUGCUUCGAGCCUUCCCCAAGCCGACAAAGACAGAAUGAGGCAGAGGAGACAAGACAAAGUUGGCACUUCUUUGGCUGCCAGGAUUCGCCCAAUGCUUCAUGCAGCCCAGGACUUUUGGCGCCUGUUGCGUGAUCAAAGGGAUCGGGAUGCCCAGCUGCUUCUGGCUUGGUGCAUUGCAGCCAGCUUCACAAGUGGCCUCAUUGAGGUGAAGAACGGUUCCAGCACAGAGCAGUUGAAGUACAAGGCCAAGAAUAAUCGGUCGCAUCAGGUUUCAGAGGUUUUGAGACGGCAAGGAUUCCACGUGGUAGAUGGUCGCGUUUUGCAAAAGGGUGAUGUACAGGUGAGCUUCCAAAGCCCUCAGGAAGCUCACAAAGCUUUUCAGAUUGGGCAGCUGGUGAACAACAACAUGAUGCCGUGGAGGGCAGCAGACCCAUGGGGGCGGCCACAGCAGCGCACAUCAGUGCAUCCCCGAAAAUGCUAUGAAGGAUCCCCCAUCAAGAUCCUUCCAUCGUCGCUUGCGUGGCUGCCCACAACGGAAGAUGCAGUGCUUGUCGCCGGUGAUGUCCUCCCAAUCAUGAACCACAAGCGCACGUCGAUGACGUAUUUCUGUACCAAGUGCAGUUCCGUGCCUGCUGGGAUCAUCCCAUUCAUUUUGUGCGCCACAUACCCUGCAGCAACUGUUGCAAAGCAGGCUGGGAUUUGGACUGUCAGCACCCUGAUCCAUGGGCAGUGCGAAGAUGAGCGCUACACUGCGCCGUCGCCAAAGGUCGCGGACCUGCUGGACAACAUCAGAAAUAGAAUGGACACAGAGUUUGGCCUCAAUCAGAAAGAGCGCCACCGGAUUGUCGAGGAGAGGCGGGCCAAUGUUCUGGCCCUCAUGAAGCUACUGGAUCAGCAAGAUGUAAAGCCUCCUAUGCAGUCAUUGGAUCAAAAGCACGGGGCUACCUUGCCUCGGAUGCGAGG